UCAUUCUCCAUACAGAGAAAAAACAUGUGUUUAUAUUAAUUUGUGCCACUUAUUAUAUAAUUACUUCUUCCCCCGAGGGUUAUUUGGGAUUUGGCUUGAUCUUAGAAAAAUCUAUGUUUCUUUUGUUUUGAAUUCAAUACUCAGUGCUUUGAUUGUGCAUUUUGCAUCAGAAGCAGGCACUGCUGAGUCACAGUAUGGAGGCCAAAAGCUCAAACCAGAUAAAAGAGGAAAGCAAUGAUUCCAAUUAUGAUAGGAAAGCUGAAAUAAAAGCAUUUGAUGAUUCAAAAACUGGUGUUAAAGGUCUUGUAGAUUCUGGUGUGAAAAAGAUCCCACGCAUGUUCCUUUCCGGCAUCGACAUAACUGAAAACGUAGCCAGUGACUCGAACUUGAGUAUUCCUGUCAUAGACCUACAAGACAUACAUAACAAUCCUGCACUGCAUAAUGAAGUUGUCACCAAAAUUCGAAGUGCAUGCCAGGAGUGGGGAUUUUUCCAAGUGAUCAAUCAUGGAAUUCCAAUUAGUGUUAUGGAUCAAAUGAUUGAUGGAAUCCGAAGGUUUCAUGAACAAGAUACUGAUGUCAGGAAACAGUUUUACUCUAGAGAUUUGAAGAAGACAAUUCUAUACAAUUCCAAUACUAGCCUGUACCUAGACAAGUUUGCUAACUGGAGAGACUCACUUGGAUGUUCUAUGGCUCCUAAUCCACCCAAACCAGAGAAUUUACCUACAGUAUUUAGAGACAUAAUUAUUGAAUACUCCAAGGAAAUUAUGGCACUGGGUUGUACAAUUUUUGAGUUAUUGUCAGAGGCUCUUGGCCUUAAUCCAUCUUAUCUAAAAGAAAUGAAUUGUGCUGAAGGACUUUUCAUUCAGGGUCAUUACUAUCCACCUUGCCCUGAACCUGAAUUAACUUUGGGCACGUCCAAGCACACUGAUAGUUCCUUCAUGACAAUAGUUCUACAAGGCCAACUGGGUGGUCUUCAAGUUCUUCAUGAAAAACUAUGGUUUAAUGUUCCACCUGUGCAUGGAGCUCUUGUUGUAAACGUAGGAGAUAUUCUACAACUUAUAACGAAUGACAAUUUUGUCAGCGUUUAUCAUCGGGUUUUAUCGAAUCAUGGAGGGCCAAGAGUUUCAGUAGCAAGCUUCUUUUCGAAUUCGCAUGAUCCAGCAAAAGGUGCAUCAAUGGUUUAUAGUCCAAUUAAGGAGUUAUUAUCAGAAGAAAACCCAGCAAUCUAUAGGGACACUACCAUAGGAGAGAUCAUGGCACACCAUUUUGCUAAGGGGCUUGAUGGGAACUCUGCCUUGCAGCCUUUCAGGUUGUGAAAUGAACAGAUUAAGACCUAGAAAAUAACGAUGCUCUCCUGAUUCUCAUGGAGGUGCUUGUAAUGUGUUAUUUCUGAUGCCUUUUAUUUUCUUAAUUUUCUUCUUCACACAACAAGCUUCAAAUUAAGAAACCUUCUGGGCAGACAUAUGCUCAUCUGUCUCAUCCUAGGCUUCUUAGCUUGUGUUGUAACGAAUAAUUUCGUGCCAUUCAAGAAAAAUAUGUAAGAGAUUCCAUUAGAAUGGAUAUGACUUAACAAAGGAUGAUAGGACAAGUUUUAAAUGUAUCUUCUAGUCUCCUACAGCAUUACCGAAAUAAAUAAAAAAAAGCACUGCAUACACAUUGAGCCUCAA